ACUUGCUUGAAAAUGCGAAUAUUUAUAAUAAAUUAAAAUUUGGUACAAAAAUGGUAAACGUCUUAUUGUUAAAUGCAAAAAUAAUAUGUAUAAAUAAUAUUCAGUUAUUUUAUCGCUUACAUGUUACGCUGUAUCUUUAACACGUUAGUCGAAGUUUUAUUGUAAGUCGAUCCUGGUCGAGCCCCAUUCUUUCGUAUCUAGUCGUGAACAAAGAACAGCCUUGCAAAAAGUGGGAGAAGUAAGGGUUCGGAGAGAGAGCAGAUGCUGUGCUAUUCGUAUUUUACUGUUAGCUUUCGAAGCGGUAAAAACUGUGCUGUGGUGCGGUCAGUUAAAUUUGUAAAAAUUAGAGAAUAACACAGUUAUCAUGUCAGACGUGAAGUCUCUUGAUGAACCUGGCCCGUCAAUUGUACGAGAAAAGGCACUUGAACAAAAUCUGUGCGAAGACAAUAAAAAAUUAAAUUUAAAAAGUGCUAUUAUUUAUUACGAGCAACUUCUUGCACAAGAUGGCCUUAUCACGGAAGAAUCUUCUUCAACAAUUACUGAAGAAUCGAUACUACUGGCAGAAGAUCUUUAUCAUUAUACGUUACAAAAUUUAUUAGAAAAAAAAUUUAUAACGGAUAACGAACUAAUUAUGAGUGAUGAAAUCGACGUUGACAACGCUUUUGAAGAAGUUAAAGUAGAAGAAGACGAAUCUGAUUACGAGCCAAAGGAAAAAAAAUCGAAAAAACAGGAUUUUAUUCCACUUAAUUAUAAAAUAAAAGUUGUCAAUAUUGCAAAAUCACAUCCGAAAUGGAGUUUGAAAAAUUUACAUAAAAAGAGAUGUUCUCAAUUAAAACGUAUGGAUCAGUUGCCGAUAUGGGAACAACAUAUUAAAAGUGGUGGAACUGUUUUUGAUAAAUAUACAAUCAUCGAUUCAUGGACAUACGAUCGCUUUAUAGAAGCUCGGCAAAUUAAUCAACAAGUGACCACAAGGAACUUGCAGCAAUGGGCUUUAGCUGCUGCAAGUCAAUUUGAAGACUUUGAUUUUAAAGCUUCCAAUUCGUGGUUUGAGAAGUUCAAACGCAAACAUCGAAUUCGCCAACGAAAAAUAACAAGAUACGUAUCUGAAAAAGAAAGUGCAACAAUAGAGGAAAUCUUGGCUUCUGCAGAAAAUUUUCGCAUACAGACUCGUAAUCUGAUAUUAAAUUUCAAUCCUAAUUUUGUUAUUAAUACAGAUCAAACAGGAUGUCAAUAUCAGUCUACUUUUAACAGAACUCUCGCAGAGCAAGGAUCAAAGCAAGUUUUAGUUCAAAGGCAAAACAUAAAUAAGACAACCCACUCUUACACAGCACAAUAUAGUAUUACUCUAGAUGGAAAAUUAUUACCCUCAGUAUUUGUGUGCUUACAAGAACCAACAGGUAUAUUUGGACGCAGAGUUCAAAAAUUGGUAGACGAAUACGUUGGAAAAUACAAUAAUGUCGUUGUCACAUCAUCGAAGUCAGGGAAACUAACAACAAAUUUAUAUAAACAUUUUUUAACUACAAUUAUAAAAUCUUACGUGAAACAGGAAAAAUUUCUCUUGCUUGUUGAUUCUUGGGAAGGGCAAACCAAACCGGAAAUAUAUGAUGAAAUUUUUUUAAAUGAUGAUUAUUUGCCAACAUGUACUGUAAAAUUUAUUCCUCCGAAAUGUACCCCUUUAGUUCAACCUUGUAAUGUAUAUUUCUAUAGACAAGUCAACAAUUUUAUAAAACGACUUCAAAAUUGUGUGUAUUUAAUUGAACAAAAACGUGAAAUUAAUUCUCGAGAAGAUUGUAUUAAAAUUCAUUCUAUUGUACACCAUCAAUUGUCAUCUCCAAUCUUUUCGAACAUGAUUCAAUACGCAUGGUUUGCUUCAAAACUUUGUGAUAACAGAGAAAUUUUUAUGAAUGUAAACGAAGUAUGUUUUUCCAUGGAAAAUUUAAAGAAACCUUGUAAUUGUAAAAAAUCUGCAUUUAUACAGUGUGCUACAUGUCGUGAAACUUAUUGUUUCGUCUGCUUUUACGAUAAAUAUCAUCCUGGCUCAUGUAAUACUGACGAGUAAUGUCAAAUGUAUUUAAUAUAUUUUAUACCAUACAUGAAUUAAUAACUCAUAAAAAUUAAACAACCAUUUUUAUAAAUAUUA